GGCUUCAUAGAAGGAGUUAGCAAUUCUGAAAACCAAAGGGAAAAGAAUAGUAAUGUUAAAACUACUGGAUUAGUACUAUUUUUUACUGUUGUUUGGUUAUUUCCAGAUGACGCCCGAAACAGGCAUCAAAAGAAAAUCCGAAGCAAAACUCAAAGGUUUCUUAACUUGUAUGCUGCUGAUGGUCUGAGGACAUUAUGCAUUGCAAAAAAAGUGCUGAGCAAUGAGGAUUAUUCUUGCUGGUUAAAAAGUCACAUUGAAGCAGAAUCUUCUAUUGAAAACCGUGAAGAGUUGCUGUUCCAGUCUGCCAGCCGUAUAGAGACAAAUCUUCACCUGCUAGGUGCAACUGGCAUUGAAGAUCGUUUGCAGGAUGGAGUCCCAGAAACCAUCAUAAAUCUGCGCAAGGCUGGCCUUCAGAUAUGGGUUCUAACUGGAGAUAAACAAGAAACUGCUAUUAAUAUUGCUUAUGCCUGCAAGUUAUUGGAUCAUGAUGAAGAGAUCAUUACUCUGAAUGCUGAUUCCGUGGAAAUGUGUGCUGCAAUGCUGGAACAACACUUGAAUUGGGUAGAUUCUAAAUUUUACAGUGAAACAACAAAGAACUUUCUUCAGAAAACAAAAGGAGAAUUUACCCCCUUCUCUGUGUCAUCAUCACUGAGCCAGCCCAACCUGGGUUUAGUCAUUGAUGGGAGGACCCUGGCUUAUGCUCUGGACAAAGGCCUGGAAGACAAAUUUCUUUCAUUAGCCGGAAAGUGUCGCUGUGUGCUGUGCUGCCGAUCUACUCCAAUUCAAAAAGGGAUGGUUGUCAAACUGAUCAGAGAUAAACUGAAGACAAUGACUUUGGCCAUAGGUGAUGGGGCUAAUGAUGUCAGUAUGAUUCAAGUGGCUGAUAUUGGUGUGGGGAUUUCUGGUCCAGAAGGCAUGCAGGCUGUGAUGGCGAGUGACUUUGCAGUUCCAAAAUUCCGAUAUUUAGAGAAACUCCUUCUUGUGCAUGGCCACUGGUGUUACUCCCGACUUGCCAACAUGGUGUUGUAUUUUUUAUACAAAAACGCAAUGUUUGUUGCCCUUCUGUUCUGGUACCAGUUUUACUGUGGAUUUUCGGGGUCAUCAAUGAUUGAUCAAUGGUACCUGAUCUUCUUUAACUUAUUAUUCUCAUCUCUUCCUCAACUGAUUGUUGGAGUACUUGAUAAAGAUGUACCUGCAGAGACAUUAAUUGCUAUUCCCCAACUCUACACAAGUGGCCAGAAGAUGGAGGAGUACCAGCCGCAUAUGUUUUGGAUGAACAUGAUUGAUGCUCUCUAUCAAAGCUUGGUUUGUUUCUUCAUCCCUUACUUUAUAUAUUAUGAUUCAGAUGUGGACAUAUUUUCAUGGGGAAUUCCUAUCACCACAGCAGCUCUCUUUACCAUAAUACUCCAUUUGGCUAUAGAAACCAAAACCUGGACCUGGCUACAUUUGUCAUCAUGUGUCUUCAGCAUUGCUUUAUUCUUCAUUGUGGCGCUCAUUUAUAAUAUUUCGUGCCCAAUAUGCUAUCCUCCAUCAAAUCCUUAUUGGACUAUGGAGAAGCUGAUGGGAGAACCGGUGUUUUAUCUGACUUGUCUUAUUUCACCCGUUGUGGCUUUGCUUCCCAGAUUUCUCUACAGAAUACUUCAAGGCACACUUUUCCCAACCCAGCUUCAACUUGGACGCCAGAUAUCAAGAUUGCUUCCAGGCUCCCACAACCAGCUUUUAAACAAGUGGGCCACCAAAAGGGACACCAAUUCCCAAAUUUAUCAAAAUACUGGUUAUUCUCCUGAAAGCCCAUAUUUCAUUACUAGUGGUUUUUCAAGGACCUGUAACCACAAUAACCCAACAGAAUUAUGUCAACAAAAAAAGGAGCUAUCUCAGAUGCCAAAACCAGGGUGUUCAACAGAUUUAAAUACUCUUGUUUCUCCUCUCGAUGCUCAAUUUUGUGAGGAAAAUGGACAUCUUUCAGUAGUUGAUGAUAAAGGUGAACCAUCGUUGGGUUUUCAAAAAAGUGCUUUUGAUCUAGAGCCAACGUUGAUGAAUGUUGAUGACACAAUACAAUGGAGUACAAGAGUAGAUGGAUCAGAUUUCAGCUUGCUCAACUGGUUUUCAUCAACUCUGUUGUUCAAGAGCAUCAGAAGUGAUCUGCCAUGGUUUUCAGGCAGUUUACGGAACAGAAGGCAUGACAGUAUAACUUUGUGUAGUUGUCAUUCUCAGGACUUCAAAGGCUUGACAGAGCAGAACUCUUCCUGUUUUCAGGAACAGGCAAAAACUUCUUCAGGGGACUGCUUGAAAGCCGAAUCUCUUGAAACAACCAUUUUAUGACAUUGGCAUUCCAAAACACAUAUUUUUUUAUUUGCAUAAAAAGGAUAGAGUGCUCUUUUUCUUAGGAUGAAAACGGCAUUCAAGGUACAUAGUUUUAUUAUGAAAGAAAAUCUAAGCAAGUAUGUUGAAAAUAAAAACUUUAUACAAAUAAAGAUACCUAUACAUAUAUAUAUA